UUGAUUGCAUUAACCAAUGUUGACCACACGAUGUCCCGUUAUCUAACGGCAUCUAAUAAUAGAACCAUCCUCAUCUUCAGACAAGAACCCUAUAUAUUUUCUUGUACUUUCUGUCUCGUGUUCACCUCGUGCCAGCCAGCCACUCUCAUUCCCCACAAAGAUUUUAGCAAAGAUGACGAAGAGCUACCCAACAGUUAGCGAAGAUUACCAGAAGGCUAUCGAGAAGUGCAAGAGGAAGCUUAGAGGUUUGAUCGCUGAGAAGAACUGUGCACCUAUCAUGGUCCGCCUCGCAUGGCACUCUGCUGGAACGUUUGAUUGUGCAUCGAGGACUGGUGGUCCUUUCGGAACGAUGAGGUUUGAUGCCGAGCAAGGUCACGGAGCUAACAGUGGUAUCCACAUUGCUCUCAGGCUGUUGGAGCCCAUCAGAGAGCAGUUCCCUACCAUCUCUUUCGCUGAUUUUCAUCAGCUUGCUGGUGUUGUGGCUGUUGAAGUCACCGGUGGUCCUGAGAUCCCUUUCCACCCUGGAAGAGAGGACAAGCCACAGCCACCACCAGAGGGACGUCUCCCUGAUGCUACAAAGGGAUGUGACCACUUGAGGCAGGUGUUUAUGAAUCAGAUGGGUUUAUCUGACGUUGAUAUCGUCGCUUUAUCUGGUGCCCACACUCUGGGAAGAUGCCACAAGGAUAGGUCUGGUUUCGAAGGUGCUUGGACUUCAAACCCUCUUAUUUUCGACAACUCUUACUUCAAGGAGCUCUUGAGCGGUGAGAAGGAAGGUCUUCUUCAGCUUGUCUCCGACAAGGCUCUGUUGGAUGAUCCUGUGUUCCGUCCUCUUGUUGAGAAAUACGCUGCUGAUGAAGAAGCGUUUUUCGCUGAUUACGCUGAGGCACACUUGAAGCUUUCUGAGCUCGGGUUUGCCGACGCUUAACCUGACAUGUGUGUGGUGGCGGUCGGAGAGUUCGCAUUACAUUUGAACUUCUUUCAUUUGUUUGCUUAAUGUACUCUUGGAUUUGCGUAGCUUGUGUUUUUUUUGGGCGGUGUUGUGAUAUUGAUUCACAUAUGUUGCGCUUUUGAUGGUUAAAACAUUCUAAUAAACCAGUUUCUCUCAUUAUAAACCGUCUGUUGCGCU